AUGACGACAACCAACGGUCUCACCAAUGGCAAAGUAUCAACCAUGACGAACGAUCAUACUCGCAACAGUGACAUGAAUGGAAACAAUUCAGAAGCUGUACCAGUGACUCAUCUCCUCGCCACCUUCGCUGCUUCAGCGAAGACCACAGAUCUAACUUCUGAGAUACGAGAGAAAUGCAAAGAAGUCCUCCUAGAUUUUAUAGGAGUGACUGUAGGAGCUAUCACACACGCCGACUCAACCCCUCCGAUCAUCACCGCCAUAUCCGCCCUCCAAGGCCCCACGGUCACCACAGCGACACCAGGAACCUGUAUUGUCCUCGGACUUGGGCCUCCAGCCUACCUACCGCACUACGCAGGUCUUCUCAACGCAGCACUAGGCCAUAGUCUCGACUUUGACGACACCUACGCGCCAGGCACCCUGCACGCAGGCGUGACCGCCAUAUCCGCCGCUUUAGCUUGCUAUGAGAGCCUCGCCUCGAUAGGAGAGCAGCGGAGUGCCGACGAUGUCUUUCUAGCGAUCAGCAUAGGCUAUGAGAUCACGUGCCGUCUCGGCCGCGAACUCGGCUAUGCAGCCUACAGUCGUGGCUUCCACAACACCUCCACCGGAGGCAUCUUCGGCGCCAUCGCAACCAUAGCCCGCCUCAGACGUCUUCCUGCGAGCACAAUAGCUUCCGCAUUCGGUCUAGCAGGCUCCAAGGCUUCCGGCUCAAUGCAAUAUCUCGCCAAUGGAUCCUGGAACAAACGUCUCCAUCCGGGGUUCGCGGUGCACGAUGCCUUCAUGUGCGUCGCGCUAGCCGAAGCUGGUGUAAUCGGCGCCUCUGGAGCAAUUGAAGGCGAGACCGGCGGAUUCUUGCAAGCUUAUACACCCUCCCAGGACGUCUCGUUGGAAAGGUUGGUAGGAAGACUAGGUGAAGAAUGGUGCUGGCUAGCGAGUAGUCUGAAACCGUAUCCAGCGUGUAGGAUGACGCACGGCUUCAUCGAAAUGAGUGGCAGAAUCCACGACUCGGCGGUCAAACCCAACGGUACACUGGCCCUUGACCAGAUCUCCAACAUCCAUAUGACAAUGUCGCCAGCAAAUUACAUCCUCAUUGGCAACCCAACACCCAACAAAGUCCAUCCAACCAACACCAUCGACGCUCAGUUUUCAGCUUACUUCCAGGUGGCUAAUACUCUAGUCCAUGGUGCUAAGACAGGCGACAUGAGUCCUUAUACCCGUCUCGCAUCCCCAGUCAUCCAUGCCUUGAGCGAGAAGAUAACCGUCACUACUGAUGGCACUAUGAAAGGUUUCGCCGCGAGGAUGCGUAUCGUCUGGGCAGAUGGCAGGAAAGAGGAGAUAGAGCAGCAGUUCCCGUUAGGCGAAGUAGAACAUCCCUUUACCAAGGACAAAGUCCGGGAGAAAUUCAUGAGUUUGGCGGAGCCGGUGUAUGGUCCGGAGAAAUCGGUGCGGAUCACUGAGAUGGUGGAGAAGCUAGACAGUGGAGACCAGGAUGUGAUGUCGUUGAUCCGGCUGUUGAGAUGA